AUGUCUUCCAAAACAUUCACAGUCUCGGCUGCGUUGUGCCUUGCUCUCGUUUUCAGCCCUACUACCGCUCUGGCAGCUCCCCAGAUGGAUGAUUUCCCAUUCUCUGGCAGCGAUCCCACCCAACACAUGACUUCCACGGGGGACAGCGAGACCGAUGCCGGUUUGGGCUACAACAUCGGGAUUCCUGACGGACCAUCCUUUCAUUUUGGCGCUGGAUUUCAUCAAAAAUCGCGUGCAGGCAGUUGCGAUGCGAGUGCGAGCAAAGACGUCAAUGCUGGAAUGGGAUACGGUGCAAGUAUUCCCGACGGACCAUCUGCUGGCUUUGGUGCUGGAGUUCAAGAUUCUCGAUCGGGCGAUGAUUGCUCUGAGACUGAGACUCCCGAGGUGAUUGAGACGGUGACUCGUACGGCUACCGCUUCUACUGAGGUUGUUGUGGUGACUGUUACGGCGGAGAUGUCUACUUGGACGGAGAGUAUGAGUGGGCCAUCAAUUACUACCUCGGAGAUUGAUGAUAUGCCAUCCACCUCAACCAAGGCCUCUGAGAUGGUGUCUGUCACGAAGGAAUCAGAGGUUCCCUCCAACACUGAGAACCAGGUCACACCAUUCGAGACCUCCAGUCCGAUCAUCACCGGUGACAAUAACCCCAUGAACAACAGUCCCAUGGUGCUCCCGCUCACCAACACCAUUUCCAUGACUACGUCCAUUGCCACCGCCAUCGCCAUUCCAAUUCCACUAUACACGCCAACCGCCCAAAUUCCCAUGCACUCGACGCCCAUGGUCCAAAAUUCGGCUCCCACCGGCCCAUCUAGGGCCCAGCCAGUCUUCAACUCUGCACCUUCCUUUGCUGCCCCUCAAAUAUCACUCAUGGCGACAACCGUCUCGCUCCUCCUCCUGACCGCGGGCAUGGUCUUCUACUAA